UCUCUUUGUCACCUCAUACUUUUCUUUCCCUCUUCUUUUCAGACAGGUAUGUUUUUGGAUUUGUUUUUCAGUGCCACUUUCUGCUCUGUAAGGGUUCAUUCCAAAUGCCACUGAAAUUGAUGAGAAGAUUCCCAAUAAUUUCUAUGAGCCUUGGAUCAUGCCAUAAUGGUAGCUAGUGUGUUGUGUGGGGUUUUUUGUUUAUUUGUUUGUUUUGAGACUGAGAGAGAGUGCAUACCCAUCUAUGUGGGUAUUUCAUGGUACAAUUAGGUCAUCAAGGGCAUGAUCCUCAACCAUUGAAAGCAAUGGGAGUUUUGUCAUUAACUUAAAUGGCGGUAGGAUCAGACUCUGACGUUGUAAAUACAUUUAUUGUCAUUAACCUUGUAUAAUCCUCUGAGCGAGUGCACUAAGAUGUUGGGGGACCCAUUUACAAUUUCUCUGCUCUCCUCAAAGCUGUGGCACAAAUCAAGGACAAUGUUCUAAUGCUAGAGAUGAUUCCAUGAGAUUCCUCAUGUGCUUAAGUUUUGUAGGAUCAGUGUUUAAAACAAGUCACAUUAUUCAAAGGAAAUUGUUGACACUGUUUUGUUUCCUGAAUGAAAUUGGUGCCCAUUUCAAAAGGAAAAGGGGGGAGGGUGUUAUUCUGUAGUUCUUUGGGUAAUCAGUUUGUACCUGUAAUUCAGGGCUGGUUUGCUGCACACCCUUAUCUGGAUUUUAGCUCUGCUGUGGACUGAUUUGUGUAAUUUCAGUGAUGCCAUCUGGAUUUCAGAGAAUGAGUUUGCUUCACUGACUGCAUUAUUCAUUCACUGCACCAUGCUUUUCUUUGUGCAUAUGUCCCCAGCACUUUCCAGGCUGUUUCUCCUUGUGGCUGUACUAUGGUCUGAGAGUUUCUCUAGAUUUCCCAAAUCUUGCCUUGAUGAUCCCGACUACGAUGAGCUGGUGAAGAUUGCCGAAAAUGGGCUCGGAAAGGCAGCUCAUCCAGUGGAGGUGGUCAUUGUAGGGGUUACAGUUCUGGAAACCAGUGGUCGUGUGGGAGGACGAGUCAGGACCUAUCGAGAUGAGACACAUGAUUGGUAUGUGGAGUUGGGAGCCAUGCGUUUGCCAAGCACCCACAGAAUUGUUCAUGAAUUUAUUAGGCAAUUUGAUCUUAAGCUAAACAAGUUCUCUCAGACAGAUGACAACGCCUGGUAUUUGGUUAAUAGUGUCAGGACAAAAGCUGGGAAUAUCAGACAGAACCCUGAUAUCUUGAAUUUUACUGUGGCUCCCUCAGAGAAAGGCAAAUCUGCUAAGGAACUUUAUGAAGGAAUUCUGCAGAAGGUCUUAGAGCAGUUCUGGAGUCUAGAUUGUGGAGCGUUGCUGGAUCGGUAUGACUCCUUUUCCACCAAGGAGUACUUGAUUAAAGAAGGGAAAUUAAGCCAUGGGGCUGUACAGAUGAUUGGAGACUUGAUGAAUGAGGGUGCUGGAUUCCACAGGUCAUUUCUUAACUCUCUCAUGGAGUUUAAUAUCUUCUUUCAUGAAGACGGUUUUGAUGAGAUCACAGGGGGAUUCGACCAAUUGCCCCUGGCCUUCUACAGGUCUAUGCCUGGAGUUGUCCAGCUGAACUGCACAGUAGAGCAGAUAAAAUACAUUGGUAACAAGGUCCAAGUAUUGUACCAUAGUGCACACAACACAUGUAGCCCCUCCUCAGUGAUGGCUGAUUAUGUCCUUGUCACAGCCACAGCAAAAGCCAUGAGACUUGUCAAAUUUUUGCCACCGCUUUCCUCCAAUAAGACCCACGCCCUGCGCUCCAUUCACUAUGCAAGCGCCACCAAGGUUGCCUUGGCCUGCACUGAAAAGUUCUGGGAGAAGGAUGGGAUUCGAGGUAGGCCGUCAAUCACAGAUCGUCCUUCCAGAUUCAUCUACUAUCCCAACAACAACUUCUCUAGUGGGGUGAGGGUGAUUGUGGCUUCCUACAUGUGGAACAACGACGCUGAAUUCUUUCUUCCCCUGAGUGACAAGAAGUGCAUCGAUGUGGUGCUGGAGGACCUGGCAGAAAUCCACAAUGUAUCUAAGGACCAUCUCCGGUCUGUUUGUGAUAAACACGUGAUACAGAGAUGGAAUCUGGACAAACAUUCCAUGGGAGCAUUUGCCUCAUUCACCCCCUACCAGUUUGCUGACUAUCCUGGGCCUUUGUUUCAGAAUGAAGGGAGGGUCCACUUUGCAGGAGAACACACAGCCCUGCCUCACGGCUGGAUUGACACUGCUGUGAAAUCUGCUGUGAGAGCAGCAAGGAACAUCCACAGGGUUAGCUAUCUGUCGUAGGGGAAACAUUAGCUGCAGAAGAAGCAAGAACAACAAGAGCAGGAGCAGGAAAGGGUUGACUGGGUUCAAAAAUGUGGACUUUAAUUGCUUUAUGGGUGUUUAAGGAAGGCACAACUGCACUGGACACUGAGGAGGGAAUUAGAAACUGCACUGAUAAUCUCCUUCACGGGGACAGAUCCUCAACUGGUGUAAAUUGGUGUAUUUCCAUUGAGUCAAUAGAGCUAAACCACUCAAGACCAGUAGAGGAUCUUGCCCCAAAUCCAGUGUCUGUAAACUGAGCUUGUUCUGUCUCCUUUGAAAUAUUAAAUAAAACUACUACAGUAUAGAAACCUCCACAGAAUUAAUUUGUUUCAUUAAUCAAAAU